CCACUGAGGAGGUUCAGCUCCAUCCUGUCAGCUGCAGCUGACUCAGACCGGGACGUCUGCAGACCAGGAGGACGGGAAGAAGACUGAACACAGAGACAUCACCCCGCCGAGGACGCAGCAGCAGCAGCAUGAGUCUGGACGAGGACGCCCGCUGGCUGGACUGGAUGACCAGACAGUUUGAGAGCAUCGCCGGAGACGACAAAGAGAUCGACAUCGAUGAGUUUAAAGCGGCUCUCAAGGUCAAAGAUUCGUUCUUUGCCGAGCGCUUCUUCGCGCUGUUUGACUCGGACGGCAGCAGCUCCAUCAGUCUGGACGAGCUGCUGAAAGCUCUGGACCUGCUGAUCCACGGCAGCGAGACGGACAAGCUCAGGUUCCUCUUCCAGGUCUACGAUGUGGACGGCAGCGGCUCCAUCGAUCCAGACGAGCUGCGAACGGUUCUGAAGUCGUGUCUGCGUGAGAGCGCCAUCUCUCUGCCGGAGGAGAAGCUGGACGACCUGACGCUGGCGCUGUUCGAGUCGGCCGAUAAAGACAACAGCGGCGCCAUCACCUUCGAGGAGCUCAAGGCCGAGCUGGAGAACUUCCCGGAGGUGAUGGAGAACCUCACCAUCAGUGCUGCUAACUGGUUGAAGCCUCCUGACGUGGAGCAGAAGAAGCGUCGCGCUCCACGUUACCUGACCCGGGUCUACUGGCACAACAACAGCCGGAAGCUGCUGUUCCUGUGCCUGUACGCCGGCCUCACCGUGCUGCUGUUCACCGAGGCCAUGCUGCGGCACAGUUACGGCGGCGGCUGGUUCAUGGUGGCCAAGGGCUGCGGACAGUGUCUCAACUUCAACUGCACCCUCGUCAUGGUGCUGAUGCUGCGUCGCUGUUUAACCUGGCUGAGGGCGACCUGGGUGGUGAGGGUCUUACCUCUGGACCAGAACAUCCUGCUGCAUCAGAUCGUGGGCUACGCCAUCCUCUGCUUCACGCUGGUGCACACUGUCGCUCACGUCUUCAACUUUGCGCAGCUGGCGGAGAGCGGCGAGUACCGGCUGUGGGAGUUCCUGCUGACCACGAGGCCCGGCAUCGGCUGGGUGAAGGGGACGGCCUCGGUGACCGGAGUCGUGCUGCAGGCGCUGAUCUGCCUCAUGGUGCUCUGCUCCUGCACCUUCGUACGACGCAGCGGACACUUUGAGUGUUAUGUAGACGGACCGUACGGGACUCCUACGAGACAGAUCUUUGCCUCUGAACAUGCCGUCCUGAUCGGGGCAGGGAUCGGGAUCACGCCGUUCGCCUCCAUCCUGCAAAGCAUCAUGUACCGAUACCGCAUGAGGAAGCAGAACUGUCCCAACUGCAGCUACUCGUGGUGUGAGAACAUCAAAGACAGCGACAUGAAGUUACGCAAAGUCGACUUCAUCUGGAUCAACAGAGACCAGAAGUCAUUCGAAUGGUUUGUCAGCUUACUGACCAAACUGGAGAUGGACCAGGCUGACGAAGAGCCAGAAGGCCGCUUCCUGGAGAUGCACAUGUACAUGACGUCAGCUCUCGGUAAGAACGACAUGAAGGCCAUCGGCCUGCAGAUGGCGCUGGACCUUCUGGCCAAGAAGGAGAAGGUGGACUCCAUCACUGGACUGAGGACCAGAACCCAACCUGGACGACCCGAGUGGGGGAAGGUCUUUCAGAAAGUGUCUGAGGAGAAGAAAGGCAAAGUCCACGUGUUUUACUGCGGCGCUCCUGCGCUGGCCAAAGUCAUCAAAGCUCAGUGCGAACACUUCGGCUUCAAAUUCUACAAGGAAAACUUCUGAGGAGGUCACCUGCUGUUCAGCACACCUCCUGCUGUGUUUCUGCCUUUAUACCAUGUUGGUGUUUUUCCUUCAUAACAGUCUGUGUCGUUUUUCUGCCUCGUUCCCUGCCUGUUUGUUGGACAGUAGAAGAUUCCCCAUCGUGGUAGCUGUUAAAUCCUAUAUGCACCGGUUUAACUGCUGACACGUCAUUUACAUUAUGUAU